CUCCUCUCAUACAUGCUGCUGGUAACAAAGGAGACAACAACAGUGGGAUGAUGGGUGCUCACACAACCAGGCUGUCAGAGAAAUAAUAGGAACCUCAUCUUUUUUUAUUAUCAGUAUUGUUCUUCUUCUCUCUCUGCUUAGACGAGUUGCGUCUAAAGUAACGCAGCUGCGCGCCGCACCGAUUUCGAGCAAAAAGCAUUUUUUUUUUUCCUCCUUGCCCAAAGCUCACCAUGUUGGAGUGCCACCACUAGAGCCGGAUGACUGAGUGGAAGACGUGCCCGAGUGACAUCGGUGACGAUGACAUGCGCAGAUUGACCUUUGCCCUUAAAGCCUGACCUCUGAUUGGUCAGGGCUGGGAGUUCAAACACAUCGGGAGAGAGAAGACUCGAGCUGUCAUGUCGGUCCAGGAAGCAUCCCAGCGGGCCACGUCGCCUCUGCCCCUCAAACUCGAGGCCAAACCGAAACCGGAGAUCCCUCCCAAACCGUCACCACAAACCAGCUCCCCUCCCGCGGGAGGCAGAGGCAGCAGUGCGAGCCUGUCUGGAGGGAAUGUCAAGAGCAUUGUGAACAAGUUUAGCAAAAAGGAGUCCGCUGACGUGGAGGACGGACCCACCAAUGGUACUGCAGAAGUACCGUUGAUCAAACGCUUCAAAAGGCCGCCGACGGUCAAGCCCAAACCGGACCGCGCCAGUCUGCACCUUCAGAUUGGGGGAGAGAAGGCGCCCCCCCUGCCCGUGAAGAAGAGCCGCGUCGCACGGAGGCGGAAAGGGAGGGGGGGAGAGGAGGAGGAGGAGGAGGGGGACGGCAUCAGUGUGGAAGGAGGUCGAUCAGCGCCAGACGGAAAAGAAGUGGAGAUUCAGCUGAUUGGAGGAGGUGAAGCGGAGGCGGAGCACAGGCCCCACACGCCUCUCAGUCCGAGCUGCGAGCCAAGCUGCAGCUGUGUGUGCCACCUGCAGUGGCCCGGCAUGAAACUAAUAUGGGUGCCCGUGGACAUGGAUGACACGUGGGAGGAGGAGGGAGAUGAGACUGACGUGGAAGAGCACCGGGGGGAGGACGCGGAGGAUUGGGAAGAGGAUGUAGAGGUGGUGACACGAGGGCAGGGGGACAGGGAGGCGGGGGAUGAGGUGGACAGGAUGUCUGUGAUUGAUGAAAGUGAAGUGCUGAAACAAGAAAAGGCAAAGUUCCACCAGUGUCUGGAUGUGUUGAUCGCCGACGGUCACAGGAGACUUUCGGACCCGGGGCCUCGCUCCGUCCUCUCCUCUCUCGCUGUCACUCGCUCUCAGUCUCCCCCGGUUCCCCCGAAACGGGCUCAGUCACCACACGUUCCCUACUCAUCAGCUCAAAGCGAAGAGGAAAAUAUCUACGAGGCCACACUUCCUGUGGUCAACCCCGCCCAGAAAAAGUCCACAACCGCGUGUAAGGAACUGGAUAUUCCUCAUAUCAAUGUGCGUAAACCAGCUCGCCAGUCUAAGCUGUCCUACAGCACCUCGGACCCAACAUCCGAGUUUCAGAUGGACACGGAUUCCAUCUCGAGCCCGGACGACGUGCCGCCCGCCGUCCCGCCGAGGAUGCCUGUGAUUCACGACAGCCGCAGCCUCACGCCGGUACACCGGGGCGUCCUCCUGCCCCAGCCCACGCCGGAGGAGUGGCGCAACUUGCGGCCCUCGUCCCCUGGCGGCUCCACAGCCAGCGGACUGAGCCCCCAGAUGACCGUCAAUCCCCCCCCACCCAGCCCCCACAGACCCCCACUUCCACCACCAAAGAUGGAUCCCAGGAGGCUCAGUAGUGCCUCGAUGCAAUCCCUCACACAGAAAAAAGAAGGAGAGGAGAAUGGAGGGAAUGAAGGAGAGAAGGAGGACUCAGCCGAAGAACCGCGUCCAGUCAGGAGCGACUCCCUCAGGAGGGUGUCUUCGUUCAGCUGGGAGUCCCGGCUGCAGGAUGAGCCUAUGUAUCAGACCUACCGGGCCACCGUCAUCACCAAGGAGAUCCGACGCCAGACGGUUUGUCGCAACAUCAGCAAAACGAGUGUGGACUACGCCAUGGACUGGACUGCUCGCCGGACCGGAACCGGUACUGGGAAUGGAGCGGCGAGGGGCAGCCCCGUGCCCGCGGCGUGCCAGAGCACCCUGUGGCAGGACCUCCCGUCUGUGAGGGAGGGAGGGGUGCUGGAGCAGCUCACCCCCGACCAGUGCAAGUACCAGGAGAGUAUGUUCGAGGUUUUGACAUCCGAGGCCUCUUAUCUUCGAUCACUGCGAGUUCUGACCGAACACUUCCUGAACAGCCGGGAGCUGGAGGAGACGAUGAUCAUCAGGGACAAGAAAACCCUGUUCUCCAACAUCCUGAGGGUCCGAGAGGUCAGCGAGAGGUUCUUGAAGGACCUGGAGGAUCGCAUAUUCAAGGACCUGGUCUUCCAUGACAUCUGUGACAUUAUCCACUACCACGCCCAGCACAACUUCCCGGCCUACAUCGACUACGUCCGCAACCAAAUCUACCAGGAUAAGACCUACACCUUGCUCUUGAAGAACAACGCGCAGUUUGCGACGGUCAUCGCUCGUCUCCAAGAGUCGCCUCAAUGCCAGCGGCUGCCCUUCAUGUCCUUCUUGCUGCUGCCCUUCCAGCGAAUAACGCGCAUCAAAAUGCUCCUUGAGAACAUCCUGAAGAGAACAAAGGAGAAGACGAAAGAGGAGCAGACGGCCUCCAAGGCUUUGACUUCGGUGUCCAAGAUCAUCGAGGAGUGUAACACACAGGUGGGAAAGAUGCGACAGAUGGAGGAGCUAUACCAUGUCUCUCAAACACUGGAGUUUGACAAGCUCAAGGCCGUCCCGAUCAUCUCCCAGACACGAUACUUGGAGAAGAAAGGGGAGCUGCAGGAAAUGUCCAAAGGAGGAACUAUCUUCAACAAAAGGUCAAAGUUCAACCCCAUCUACCUCUUCCUCUUCAAUGAUCUGCUCAUCAUCGCUGCCAAGAAAGGUGCCGAGCGCUUCGUGGUGCUCGACCACGCCCACCGCUCUCUGGUGCAGGUGCAGUCAACAGAUGAAGGCGGGGGCAGCGUCGGCGCCUUGGAGCACUGCUUCAACCUCACGCUGCUGGAAAACCACCAGGGGCGCAUGAUGGAGCGGCUGCUCAAAGCUCCUUCCCAGUCAGACAUGCACAGGUGGAUGGCGGCUUUCCCCAACCCGACCAACCCAGACAGAGAUGAAGAAGAAGUGAUUUAUGAGGAUUGGGAUUGUCCUCAGGUGCAGUGCGUGGAGCAGUACAUCGCCCAGCAGGCAGACGAGCUCGCCCUGGAGCCCACUGAGAUCGUCAACAUCGUCCGCAAAACCAAUGAGGGCUGCUAUGAAGGCAUCCGCCUGGCCGACGGCCAGAAGGGCUGGUUCCCCGCAGCCAACGUCAUAGAGAUCACCAACGAGCACGUGAGGCGGCGGAACCUCCGAGAGCGCUACAGAGUCAUGCAGGCUGCAAGCCUGGUCACCACCGGCAAGGCCAACACCCUGCAGUAGGAUCAAGGAUGUUUACAUUAUUAUAGUUUAAUAGGACGCUGUACGGAUGGAUGCAAACUCUCCAAACGUGAAGUUUGUACAAAGAUUAUUAGUUGAAGUGUCUGUUUACAACGAGGAAAUGAAAGAUAAGAGAAGGGUGACAUAACAAUAAUCAUUAUUAUUUAUACGACUGGAGUACACAAGUGUGGCGCGUGGGAGUUUGAGGUUGAUUAUUUACGACCGAGAGAGACGAUGGGAAUGUGCAUGCAUCCAUUCAGUAACAUAGCCCUCUACUUGUGAGCAUGUAGCCCUUCAUCACCGGCUAUGAAACGCCAUUGUCGCGAUAGCAGUGUUCAGAACGUAUAAAUAUCAGAUCUGCUGCAAAGAAAAGAGUUGGGUGUUCCACGCCUCUUGUAUCUUAGUCGCCUGCUCGCACACGUUCAAUGUGUGAGCCGGAACACAGGAUCACACAUUCUUUGUGAACUUCAUCGGUAAAGUAAUUUCUCUCACCACACCUUUAAAAAAAUAAAACAAAUGUAAUCAGGAAGUGCCUUUGAACAAUCUCAAAACACUGAACUACACACCAGGACGUCUCUCUGGAUCGUAUCGAGCACAAGAGCUUUGAACGCGUGUAAAUAUGGGCCGAGCUGCCCGGCCGCUGUCCAACAUCUUUUUAGCUCGUGUCAGUAGCCAUUAUGGAUUAAUACUGUAGUGCCCCCUUGCAGCUGGUCAGUAAAGACAUGGAUAUUAUUUGUUGAUAGAUGUGCUGUACAUGUACAAUAUGUUGUAAAUAACGAGCGAGGGACAUCCUCUCCUUCAAAAACAGUAGUUGUGAUUUUAUUAAAAAUAUGUGUCUUUUAAAA